UCGUCGUGUUAUCUGACACUAGACGCACAGAGGCUAUGUUGUUGGAGAAUAACGCGAGAGGAAAACGUUUCUAGCGUGCGAUGCGAUUAACAAACGUUACACGAUACUUUGAUUUGAACGAAGGGGACAGGGCUUGACGAGGAACGAGGAUUAAUUUCACCUCUCGUUAUGCGGUUCGGUAGCUAUGAAAUCACAUCGAUACGCCUCGCGUUAUACACCAUUUCUCCCUUCUACUUGGCCCGCGUUAUCGAUUGUUACGAACGCGCCACCUGAUAAUGCGUUAAAUGUGCACUUCUUUUAACCGAAAUCGCAUAUCCUUGAAUUUACUCGUCCGAAAGAGCGAGCGUCGUCUAAUCGGACUUAUCCGCGCCAUGCGAAAUUGACGUGCGCUUUGUACACUGUGGUGGCAUGGAGAUAUGCCAAAUACUGGGAUAUCUAUCCAAACAUAUCAGCAUGAAAGUGGAAGACUAAAAGCUCGAUAGAAUGGAAUCCAGGAUGCCCGUAAAGUACGACGAUUCUUAAGUUCAGGAUGGAACUCAGAAAAGGGCCUUGGUCGAAAAAGAUCCUAGUUCCAGCCUGCUUUUUGGUAAUUCUAAUCUGGAUCUUUCUAAUCGACAAUUCGUUACUCCUCGCUGGCCUGUCUGGUAAACCAACCUUACAAAAACCCAGAAAUUCCGUUUCAUCUACACACACACACAAUCAGUAUCCGGACCGUCUCUAUAUGAAGGAAUCCUCUAUGAUAAACGAUGUCGUAUCGAAACACUCAAAGGUAUCGAAACUUCAAGUGGUGUCACUUUGGACAGGCAACAACACCGUUAAAGGAAACACGGCCACCUUGCGCAAGUAUCAGAUCUUGAAACAGCAAGGCUUAACGCCCAGCAAACAAUUGCCAACUGCGUUGAUAAUCGGCGUCAAGAAGGGCGGGACCAGAGCGUUGUUAGAGUUUCUAAGGCUGCAUCCCGCUAUUCGUGCAGCUGGCUCCGAAGUGCAUUUUUUCGAUCACCAUUACGUCAAAGGAUUCUAUUGGUAUAGACACCGGAUGCCCCCAACAUUGUCCACUCAAAUCACAAUGGAGAAGACGCCAUCUUACUUUGUGACCAGCGAGGUGCCAAGAAGAGUUCAGCGUAUGAACCCCGCGAUGAAGUUAAUUCUUGUAGUGAGGGAUCCUGUCACUCGAGCUAUAUCCGACUACACGCAAGUGAGAAGUAAACGGGCCAACAUGCCCAAGUUCGAGGACCUAGCGUUUCUGAACGGAUCGCGAAUCGUGGACACCUCUUGGGUGCCGCUGAAAAUUGGCGUGUACGCGCGACAUCUGGAAAGGUGGCUCCGCUACUUUCCAUUGUCGCAAUUUUUAUUCGUCUCUGGCGAGAGACUAAUCGUCGAUCCUGUCGCCGAGAUGACGAGGGUGCAGGAUUUCCUAGGCUUGAAGAGAGUUAUAUGCGAGAAACACUUUUACUUUAACGCUACCAAGGGUUUCCCCUGUCUGCUCAAAUCUGAGGAACGUCCUACUCCCCAUUGCCUUGGUAAGAACAAGGGUCGUAGCCAUCCUUACAUAGACCCCGUAGCCAUACAACGAUUAAGAGAUUUUUAUCGUCCAUUCAACCAACGCUUCUAUCAAUUGACGGGAAUGGAUUUCGGUUGGUUGUGAGUAAUGCAACAAGUAAAUAAACAUAUCGAAUAUAGUCCAGUAAAAAAAUAGUCAAUUUUAUCGAGAUACUGUACGCACGCGCGAACGCCCAUUAGCUUGCACAGACGAGUAAUCAGCUAAAAAGUAAUGAUGUGUUUACUCGUUACGUUUGUUUCUAUCUGUUGCGAUACUUAUACGACUCGAAAUAUUUUUGUAUGCGACGUAAAGCGAAAUGACAUUAUUUUAAUGUGUUGACAAUAUCCCAAGCGAUUCCUAUUCUUCUUUGUGAUAUUACUUUAAUUAAUGGUAUAAGUUUCACGGUUACAAUCAAUGUUAUUUAUUGUAUGUAUACUUUUCGUAUACAUAUCUAUAUUUUAUACAUGACACAAUGAAACGUUAUUGCAAACUCGAUUCUUAGUUAUAAGAUUAACUUUAAGUUAUAUCUUCCAGACAGUUAUUCUCAUAGUUUUCGUGUAUGGAUAUAUAUCAUUGUAUUAAUAGUGAAAUAAUUUAAAGCUUUUUAAGGUAUUAUUGCCAAUUGAAACGUGUGAUACUUUGAAUAUUUUUAUUGUUAUUUGUUAUAUGUCUAUACGUAUAGUGUGUUGUGCAUUUGCAUUAACGUUAACAUUAUAAAACAUCGUUAAUAUUAAGCCGAAGCAUGUAUCGAAGAGACACGUAAUUUCGGAUUUUGAUAUAGAAGAGAAAAUGAAAUGGACAAUUUAUCAUACGAUAUUUCAUCGAAUUUUUAGUUUGUAAUUUUCUAACGUCAAUUAGAAAUUUCUAACGACCCAAGUUACCGAAAUAUUUCUAAACUGUACAAAACAUAUAAUUAUUUUCUUGCACAAACUACAAACUGAAUUCAUUUGUAUUUUGGGAAGGUGCACGUAACCACAUAACCUAAAGUAACAAUUUGUACAAAUUUAAUUAUAAAAUUAAGUAAGUUCCAAUCGGAUAUUAGUCCAACGAUAGCCGUUAACUAUUAGAGCCUAUUCGAAACGAACCAUAUCUUUGCAAAUUAGUCUUCUAUUAUUAAAGAUAUUUCCUAUUAAUAGUAAACUCACGUAAUUUGUAGCUCGAUGAAUUAUGCGAAACAUAUCGUCGAGUAGUUAAGUACACGUUAAGUUACUAUGCUCAAGUGGCCUAACUAAUCUAUUUAUGAAAUAAAACUCUGUAAAGAAAGAGUAAUACAAAUAAAAAUUCAUACUGAUGUUUCAGUCAAAUUCUUAAGUUGCAUCCAUUCAUUUCUUACUUGUUUGUUUUUUCCAUUCUGUUGGGGCCCACUAGUUCCCCUGAGGGGGGUCAUUUCUUACUUCUAUCUCAAUCCUACAACAUUCUGAAUUCAGGUAUUAAGCUUUAGCUUAUUCCGAGUGCAAUAAAGUCUAUAAAUCGUUAACAGAAAGUUAAGGAACAAUCGAAUAAAGUGAUCUCGUACAGGAAUUGUUGAUAGUUAUUUAACAGCCAUCAAUCCUUCUCGACAAACGCUUUUUGCUUAGUUAUGCGAUUAGGUUCUCAUCGUGCAGUGUGCAUAGCAAAAAAUAAUUGAGCACUCAUCAUCGUUAGCGGCGAGUACGAUUACUUCCGUUGGGAUUUCAUUUAAAAGAAAUUGUUGUUUCUACACGCGAUCAUUUGCCAGCGAAUAUAAACGUAAGAAACUUGCGGAGACACUGCAAGAAAAACAAAUAUUUUGUUAAUGAUAAAUCACGACAAAGACAUACGUACCCGUUACAAAUAUUUUUAAUCAUUAUUUGUGAGUGGUGGGUAAAGUAAAGAAACACGAUGCUUGUGGUCAAUUUUUUCUGUCUAUUGAACUAUCAAAAAGAAGAUUAACAAUACAAAUCGAGCCGUUCGAUGGUAGGCAAACGUUUUCAUAAAGUUCUGUGAGUUCUUUCACUUUCCUAAAAAAAAAAAAAAAAACAGAGUGCAUUUUGAGCCCCAUCGAAACAGCAACGGAUACAAAAAAAAAAACACACAAAAAAGAGAAUGUAAGUGCGACACAUGUUUUUUUUUUAUUCA